UAAAGUUGUGAACAGUGUUUUGUAAGCAAUCGAGAUUGGUAAUAUAUAUAAUAGUAUAUGCACAACACAAAUACUACUAAAUAAAAGGUAGGAUUGAGGAUUAAACUAACAAUGGCGAAAAGGCUACGGAGGCGACAGCAAGUCGAAGAUGACAACACGGAAAUUUUGAAGAAGAUGAUGCCUCAACUUAAGGAAUUGGUGGUGGUGGUUCAGAGUGGUUAUAGUGAUAAUUGUUCUCUCAUGCCAAUAAUAAAUUGGUUUAAAGUGGCACCUUGCUUGCAAAGAUUUGUCCUAGAGGCGUCACACGAAGAUGAGAGCAAUGCAAAAAAUAAUGUGGUGUGGGGUGAGAAAAGGGAUUACUUGAUUAAUGGUAGUGAUUAUGAUGUUUCGGAGAUUAACAACAGUAAGAAAGUUGAAGGGGCUUAUUCUCACAUCAAGGAAGUAGAGUUUUUUGGGUAUCGUGGAGUGCGUAAUCAUCUUCAAAUUAUUAGUCGGUUGGUGCGACACGGUGUUGCACUAAAGAAGAUAGUCGUGGAUCCGCGAUCUUUCGAGCUACGUAAGAAUAUGCCGUGGGAUCGCAUUUAUCGAAAUCAAAUGGAGGAUGAAAUAAUUGCAAGGGAGCUUGCAAACAAGCAACUUAAACAUCUUACUUCAAGAAUAAAUGUCAACAUUCUUUAGACUAGGAUUUGUGAAUUUCAUAUCUCAAAAUAUCAAAAUUUUAUCCAGAAUAUUAUGAAAUUAUUAUAAACGUUACAUGAUUAUCAUUUCUCAACCCAUUCAUACGUGCUUCACAGCUAAUGAAUUAAUGUGUGAGCAAAUAUCAUCACACGAAAUUAUCUACUUUAAUGUAGUCUUU